GCUGGGUGGCCUCGCGAGUUGCACCCGGAUCUGCUCGGCGGCUGCGGCGGCGACGUGAGCGCGCAGGGGGGCGGCGGCCUCGCCUCCUCUCUCUCUCUGCGCCUGGGUCGGGUGGGUGACGCCGAGCGCGAGAUGUCGGAUUUUGAUAGUAACCCGUUUGCAGACCCGGAUCUCAACAACCCUUUCAAGGUGCCACCAGCGGCGCUGCCAUCCCUCCUCUCCACCAUUUGUCUGAGGUUGAGGGUACUGAUAUCAAAGCGACCCAUCAGUUACACAAGUGACAAGAAAUGUCCCACCAGGACUUGAUGAAUACAAUCCAUUCUCGGAUUCUAGAACACCUCCACCGGGCAAUGUGAAAAUGCCUAACGUACCCAGUACACAACCAGCAAUAAUGAAACCAACAGAGGAACAUCCGGCUUAUACACAGAUUGCAAAGGAGCAUGCCUUGGCCCAAGCUGAACUUCUUAAACGCCAGGAAGAACUAGAAAGAAAAGCAGCAGAAUUAGAUCGUCGAGAACGAGAAAUGCAAAAUCUCAGUCAACAUGGCAGGAAAAACAAUUGGCCACCUCUUCCUGACAAUUUUCCUGUGGGACCUUGUUUCUAUCAGGAUUUUUCUGUAGACAUUCCUGUAGAAUUCCAAAAGACAGUAAAGAUUAUGUACUACUUAUGGAUGUUCCAUGCUGUAACACUGUUUCUAAAUAUCUUCGGAUGCUUGGCUUGGUUUUGUGUUGAUCCUCCAAGAGGGGUUGAUUUUGGAUUGAGUAUCCUGUGGUUCUUGCUUUUUACUCCUUGUUCAUUUGUCUGUUGGUACAGACCACUUUACGGAGCUUUCAGGAGUGACAGUUCAUUCAGAUUCUUUGUAUUCUUUUUCGUCUAUAUUUGUCAGUUUGCUGUACAUGUACUCCAGGCUGCAGGAUUUCAUAAUUGGGGUAACUGCGGUUGGAUUUCAUCCCUUACUGGUCUCAACAAAAGUAUUCCUGUUGGAAUCAUGAUGAUAAUCAUAGCAGCACUUUUCACAGCAUCAGCAGUCAUCUCACUAGUUAUGUUUAAAAAGGUACAUGGACUGUAUCGCACAACAGGUGCUAGUUUUGAGAAGGCCCAACAAGAGUUUGCAACAGGUGUGAUGUCCAACAAAACUGUCCAGACUGCAGCUGCAAAUGCAGCUUCAACCGCAGCAACUAGUGCAGCUCAGAAUGCUUUCAAGGGUAACCAAAUUUAGAGUCUUCAAACAAUACAUUGUUACCUUCCGACUGUACUUUUUUCUCCAGUUACUGUAUUCUAUAAAUAUUUUUUUUGUUCAAAACACAGUACACACAGCACGUAUAUUUCCUAACCACUUGUGCAUGGGCUAAAACCAGAAAAACUUCCUUGUCUUAUUAUUUACCUGAUAGUUUCUUAAUAUUUCAGUGCCCCUUGCAAAAAAAAAAAAAAUUACAUGCGAAAUAAAUAUUCUCCAUAUUUUUUGGGGGAUGAAUGUUCAGAGAAUUAUUUCAGUGGUGACACACUGAAAUUAACAUGGCACUUAUGAUUAAAAAUGCACUUAGUACUUGCUGCAGUCAUUCUUUCAAGAGUCAGACGUAAGGAUUACACAUUGGAGCAGUAAAGCAAUGCUUCAUUCCUUUUCCUUAUUUAUAUUGAAAGAAAUAGUACAUCAGAGACUUAGGGAUUUUUAAAUUGGCUUGCUUUUUAGCAGUUUCAGUCACCAGUGAAGAGCCUGUGUACAUUUCAUGGUAGGUAAUGUAAAUUUUAUCUUUUUAUUUUCUUUUUUUAGAGUAGUUGAUAUUUUGAUAAUCAGGCUCUGAUCUUGCAUGGUCACCAUGUUUCUUAAAAGAAUUAGUAUUUUGGGUUAUGCACUGCUUAUGGUUGCAGGAUUGGGGAGUUGUUUAUAGAAUCAUAGAAGUGAUUUUCUGUAAUACUUUCUUUUAAAUAAAAAUUCACUGGGGUGCAAUACGAGGAUAUAAUAUAAUAUGCAGUGCAUUAUCCAAAAGAAAAGGUAGAUAAUUGAUGGAAUAGAAUGUAGUGAUGAUAAUACCUUUUUGUUUUUAAUUUUCAGUAUUCAUAUCAUAGUAUAAUAUUACUGUAUGGAAACUUUGGUAUAUUCUUGUGGCUACUCUUUUUAAUUGAACUGAGAUUGUGUUUGGCAGCUCUUUUCUGGGGUAUGUGUGUGUAAUUUUUAACAGAGGUAUUAAAAUCUAGCCUAACUCCAUGUCCAAAAAGAACAUAACAGUAUUUAAGAAAUUUUUCUUUUAGCCUCUCAUGUCUAGUUGGCAUUAAAAAUAAAAAGACCCUGGCACUUCACAUAUACUUGAAUCCCUAAUGCACCUCAGUCUUUGAAUUUUUGAGACAGACUGAAUACAUUAAAAUUUGUAGCAACAGGAAAAAUAAAACAUUUAACUUGCAUCAAGCAAGAAAAUACAGAUACAGUUGAAUGCAUUAAUUAUGAAUAUAAUCAUGUUAAAAUUAUUACUAUGCAGCACAGAACUUCAUUCUUAUAGUAUACUUGGGUUGAAACUUUGAGUCAUUUUUAAUAACUGAUUAAAUGACUUAAAGACAUUUGUAAAGUCACAAGACUGUUGUUUUGGAAGUCAUUAGCUAACCUAAAAGAUUGAAGAAUAAUAAGUUUUCAACUUGAUUUUGAAAAGUAAGGGUACUCUAUUAGAUUAUAUUAUUUGAGACUAAAAAAUUGGCUGGGUGUAAAUGGUUAAAUCACUUUUAUUCUUCCCCCCAAAUCUGGAGUUAAAAUGAGUUUCAUGCUGGGGGUAAGAUGGUGAGUUCUAUUUAUGAAAGAAGCUUUGUGUGAUACUAGAUAUAACACGGAUCCAUCCAGAUGGUGUUUACAUUUGAUUUAUUUGGGACUUUGUUGAAGUAAUAUACUUGGAAGAUAUUUCUUUUAUUCUGAUGAAAGUAGGAUUCAGAGUAUGAAUUUAAAGGUGUUUUUAUGAAUAUUUCUGAUCAGUGAUAAUCUCUACUUACUUUCUCAACCAAAUAAGCCAGUUCAAGAUAUUUAGAGUCUAUAAUCUUACUGAAAAUCUGUCUCAUCAGUAUGCUUUGUUGAGUUUGGAUUUUACAAACAUUCAAAACAUUAACCACAAAAUACAGCAAAAGUACUUAUGUCUGUCAUUAAUUCAUCUCUCAAGUUCCUUUUGUUUUUCUUUAAACUGCAAAAUGAAAACUUUAUCAUAGAGACUUUUGAAAAAUACUGAGAUACUUUCCUUCAAGAAUUAGGAAUGCUUCUCUCUAUUCUGUAGAAAUCCUCUAUUGCUAAAUAGCAAAGAAUAAUUACAACCAACUGUACCUUUUUUUGUUUGGAUGAGGGAAAUGUUUUAAAUUCCAGUUAUCUGGGUUAAUACAAGCUUAUAAGAGAAAAAUGUUUUUUUAACAUAAAUAUGCUUUAAAAUGAUGGCACUGCUUAACAGUUUAAUAAGGUAGAGGGGUUUUUAAUUCUUAUAAUCUCUAUUCUCUUAACAAUAAUUAUUAGUAAAUAGUCACAUUUGCAUUCAGUAGAAGAUUGGCACUUGUUAGUGUUUUAUAUUUAAUAUUAGCAUUACCCAGUAUCGCAAUCAUGAAAUGGUCUUCACAUUGUAAGGAUCCAUGUCAUUUUUCAGUUGGUAAUAUUAAGUUUUGGCUAUUUUAUUUCAAACUAAAGUUUGAACACUGGAAAAUCAUUGCUCAGUGGUUUUUAAUUUGGGACUUGGAUUAUUUAUCUAGGGAUGUUUGUAUAUUUUGUCAAUGAGUAAUAUUGCGCUGCCAUUACGGUGACUGUCAUGGUUCUGUAUAAAUGCCCUCCAUCUGUCCCUCUAAUGUUGCAUGUUUUCAGUGGUUUGGAAGUUUUGUAUAUUUAUUGUAUUAACACAGAGUGUCAUACAAUAAAAUGCUGUUUACUGGA